CGAUUGUGGCGACCAUGGCGGUUGAAGGACGAGGCGGCAAAGAAGGGAAGGGAGGAGGAGGAGGAGGAGGAAUAUGGGGGAGAGAUUUCUUCACCUUCGGCCUUUACCAGAGGAGUUCAUGUCGAGCACGAUCGAGCUGAUGGAAAGUAUCGAGGGCUUCCUGAUGCAUGGCGCAAGGCUCUGCCGCAGGAAUGGGUAGCCGACGACGAGGGGAAGACUUCUCAGUUUCUGGCUGAUGUCCCUGGAUUUCUUCUACCGACCAACUAUCAGAUGACUCGGAGCUUGUCUAAGAAGCAUGACGAGCAGGGCAUCUCUCUGCCGUACAACUUGCAGCACAUAACGCACGUCCAGGUGGACCCCAGCGACUCGACGGGAUUCAGCGGGUUGCCGGAGGAGUGGAGACAGAUCUUGAAGUCUUCAGGGAUUGGCAAGGAGGAGACGAUGAGAAACCCACAGAUUGUGCUGGACAUUCUUGAGUUUCGUUCGGCAGGUUGCACGAGGCCGGCGCCUCCCAGGGCGAAGGACUUCAAGGCUGCCUCUAAGGACGCGGUCCAAUUCAAGUUGGAGAACCCUCUGAACCAUAUCAAGAGCCUCAAGAAGGCAGGGGAAGGCUCCUCGGGGUCUGUGUAUAUCGGCGAUCGUCUUUCCGACGGCAGGAGGAUCGCUUUGAAGAGGUUGGAGAUUGGCAAGCAAACGAACAUCCCAGCUCUAGAGAAUGAGAUUGCUAUGAUGGCAUUGAGCAAGCACCCCAACAUAACCGAAUGCAUACAGACUUUCCUUUGGGAGCGGGAGUUGUGGAUCAUGAUGGAGGCGGUGGAAGGAGGAGCGCUCUGUGACCUCAUCACCAACUUCUGCCUCGAGGAAGAUAUUGUCGCAUACCUGUGCCGCGAGGUGGCGCUUGCGCUGUCGUUCCUGCAUACCAGGAGUCGGAUCCACCGGGACAUCAAGAGUGACAACAUUCUCAUCGGGCUGGACGGGUCAGUAAAACUCGCUGACUUCGGGUAUUGCGUUCAGCUAACGGAAGAGGCGGGGAGGCGCAACAGUCUGGUCGGAACUCCUUACUGGAUGGCCCCCGAGCUCAUCAGGACGCAAUACUACAACGAGAAGGUCGACAUCUGGAGCCUCGGCAUCAUGGCCAUCGAAGCCGUAGACCGGGAACCGCCAUGGUUCGAUGAGCCGAUCAUGCGAGCGCUGUUCCUCAUCACAUCCAGUGAUCCCCCCAGCUUCAGGAGGAAGGGGAUGUCUACAGAGACUUCUGACUGGCUGUCAAAGUGCCUCCUUGAGAACCCUGAGCAACGAUGGAGUGCCGACCAACUUUUGCAACAUAAGUUCCUUCUCAAGGCGGCAAAGAGCUCCAAGACGGCUGCUCUGGUCUCAGAGAUGAGGGAGAAGGGGGCGAAACAUCAGAGCAAGAGUCACAACUGACGAGGCAGUCACGUCGACUAGGAGCGAGUGCACGGUCACUGGCUGUUACCCUACUAGAGAGGUUGAAAGCAAGAGGCGAGAGCGGCGAGAUGAUUGGAUGUUGUUCACAUGGAAUGUUCACAGGACAAGGGAAGAUAAACUUCAUUUAUUC